AUGGACGGGGUACCUUCGAGGAAAGUGGCUCAGGUUGAGACCGGCUCUCAUCAUGUCAAGUUUAAUAUCGGCGAGCGGGCUGACAGUGCUGAUAAUCGGUUGGAUGAGCCGGACAUAGCUGGAAAACAUGAGAAUGGCUAUUUUAUUGAUACGGCGAACUAUGUGAAUUCACCUUCUAGGAGCGAGUCUGUAUCGUCUUUAUCUGAACCUUCUUAUAAUUCAGAAUGGUCGCUCACGUCGAAAGAUCGCUGCAAAAGAGAUGUAAGUGUUAUUUUAUUUCCAUUUCUUCUUAUAUUUUGUUUCUUUUAUGUUUUUAUGGAUGGCUCUGCGAUUUUAGGUAUUGGUAGAACUUUACGAUUUAAAAUUGAAUGAUGUUUGUCUGAUGGAUGGAGUUUGGGAGGAGACUGCAAGAUGGAUAAAAUACGAAGAGGACGUUGAAGGUGUUGACCACAGAUGGGGACAACCUCACGUGGCUUUUCUUUCAUUCCAUGCCCUUUUACAGUUGAGAAAAUGCAUUGCCAAGGGUGAGUAAUUUGUAAGACUUUAAAUAAAUUUUGUGCAGGAACAUUGAUACUGGAUGUAAAUAUAGAUGGUUUUGAUCAUAUGUGUGAGGCAAUUUCGAAGGCGAUCACUUCCGAAGGCCAUUGUCCUGUGAGUGCCGAGAAGAUCAAAGAAAUGUUACUGUUACAACAUAAGUAAGGCCGGCCUUGAUCUGAAAAAAACAAUGUUUUUAGUCGGGUUUAUGAUCGGAGACAGUCAAAGAUCUCUGUCGCCGCGAGUUCGUUCUUUGAUUCCGCUCGAAGGCCGAUUCGAAGCAAUUCUGCGUUGCCGUUGAAUGCAAAGAUUUCCGACUUUCCCAAUUCCAGCAAAAGUUACCGUAACUCUGUUUGUAAACCUCCGUUUGAUUCCAUCACCGAAUCAGAGAAAGUCGGAGAAGGUAGUGGCAAAGAUCCGUUGCUUGUACCGUAAGUUAUCGGAUGCCUGGCUUUACCUAAAUCACAGAAAUUUAUCCGCCUUUAGCAAAAGAAAAUGGUCGGCCCAGAACUCGAGAAGAAGAUCCAUAUCGCAGAUUGUGAGCUCGACAUUAAAUGAGUGAGUUUAUUUGGUAAAAUGCUUAUUGUGAUCUCAGAUUACGCAAUUCCCAUUCAAAGGACGAUCCUUUGCAUAACUUCAAAGGAGACAUUGUACUCAAAAAUCUCCCAGAAAACACGGAAUCUGCGCAGGUAAGUAUAAUUAUAUUUUUUCCUUAUUUUAUAUUUAAUUCUGCGUCUUCUAGGUGUUUGUUGGUUCAGUUCCCGACUUGAAGAAGGUCCGUUGUGUGAUGCUCCGACUUCAGAAGCCGACUUUUAUCAAAGAGAUUGUGGAUCACACACUUCCAGUAAAGUUCGUAUUUGUUAUUUUGGGGCCUCCAUUGAUCGAUUUAUCAUAUCAUGAAUUAGGAAGAGCUCUCUGCACUUUGAUGGCAAAUAAGGUGAGUGCUUCGACAUCUUGGUUAGGGAUAUAUCGUCAAUUAAAGUCGAGCUUAAAGUAAAUAAAUCGGGGAUCUUCUUCCGGGACUCCUUUUGCAGACAUUUACUUCUUGUUUUAACCUUCUUUUGCGUCCUUUUUCUUUUUACAGUGUAAAGACACAAAAGUAAGACUUUUUUUUAAGUAAUAUUUAAAUUUUUUUGUGAUUCUCAUUCGAAACUCAAUUAUGACUUUGGGUAUAGCGAACUGUUUGAAAUUCUUCGAGCAGAACAUGGUCGCAUCACUGACAAACCCUUUGUCGAGUGUUGUUAUAAUUAGAGUUAGGAGUCCGUCAAGUGGUCAAUACGGUUUUUCUUGCUCAUUCUUUACAACACGGGUCCCGCACUGACCGUGACCAUUCAGAUCUCGCAGAGCUAACGCAGAUUUUCCAUGUUUUUAUCAUCCAUUUACCGUAACGAAUUACUUAUAACUCUUUACUUUAUAAAAUAUAAUUUCCAGGACUUCAACUGUUUUGCCUACAGUGCGGCUUGCCGAGGUCAACUAAUUCGUGCUAUCGAUAACUUCUUGGACGAAUCGGUGGUAAUCCCACCGGGCGAGGUAAGCGUGAGGCGGAAUCGGAGAUCAGAGUGAUAAGCAGUUGUGAUCAGCCGCUUUUCAGGUGGAUUCAAAGCGUUUGUUGUCAGGAAAUGAGAUCAAGAAGGCCUUGAAGCGUCGCCUCCACGAGAUCGAGAUGACCCGCCAGAAAGGUUCGUUCAAGGAGGGUCAGCUAGUAGUCCGGUUUAAAACAAUGCUUGUUUCAUGACGAAAGAUUCUUUCAGAGGAAAAUGUUGUUGAACAGACCAAAAGGAUGACUAAGACCGUCCCCAUCAAGAGUUAUCGCUUCUUCAAUGGAAUGAUCAACGAUUUGACCAAUCGAAUUCCCAAGUACGGCUCGGAUUUCUCGGAUGCACUCAACUUUCAAUGCCUGACCAGUGUCGUCUUUAUGUUUUUUGCCAGUUUUGCACCGGCGAUUACGUUUGGAGGUCUUCUAGGUGAGUGUUUUUAAUCUUCAAAUAUAGUAUAAGGUAAAUACACCAAUGAGAAGAUCGGGAUGAUUGAGACUUUAUUCGCGCAAUGCAUUUGUGGCAUCAUCUGGGGUCUUUUCUCUGCCCAGCCGCUUCUUAUCAUGAGUGCCACUGGUCCUGUUCUCAUCUUUGAAGCCAGUUUGUAUACUGUAAGUGCACAUAAUGCGAUGUAUAAUGUCGUGUUUUAGUUCUGUGAAUCUUUAUCCCUGGAUUUUAUGGUCGUUCGAUUGUAUGCGGGGAUGUGGAUUUUAGUGAUAUCUAUUCUGAUUGUGGCUUUAGACGGAUCCAGACUGCUUCAUUAUGUCACUAGAUUCACCGAGGACAUCUUUGCCACAUUAAUAUCGGCCAUUUUUAUCGCCGAGAGCUUGGAGUUUGUGUAUCAUGUAAGGAUUUUCCACACGAUUAGAAAAAUUGUUUUAGACAUUCAAAGAGAAUCCCGUCGAGAACUUUGAUUAUUACGAAAGUAUUCAUUACCAGUGCAAUUUAACCAUCAUCCAACUGAAUAAAUCGAAGGAAAUUAUGGCUCAAAGAUCCCCGUCUGAUGUCUUCAACUUUCCAUGUCCAAUGGCGGAGCCUAAUACGGCUUUGCUCACCGCCAUCAUAAUGUUCAGUACUUUCGCCCUUUCGUUUUUACUCAAGAAAUUACGAGAAAGUUUUUAUUUAGGGAGACAUGUAAGUAAAGUUAUAUCUCCAAUGCUUUCUUUCAGCUGCGCAGAGCGAUUGGCGACUUCGGAGUCCUCAUUUCCAUCGCAAUCGUGGCCAUUCUGGUCCAACUUUCUAUUCCGGAUACUUAUCUCCAGGUAUCUUCGCUCAUUUGAAGGUUUUCAUUUCCAUUUCAGAGGCUGGACAUGCCCGAUCACAUUAAUUUCACCAAUCCGCAAAGUCGUGGCCACGGUCUCAUUAUAACGGAUAAAAUCACAAAAGAAAACUUUCAUGGCAUCUUUAUCGCUUUGAUUGCAGCUCUUCUGGUAUUUAUUCUCUUAUUUGUAGAGACAGAAAUUACGGAGUAAGUUGGAUCACUGUAAACUGACACAAUCCUAGGCUACUUUUGUCUCGAAAAGAAAGGGGAUGUGUAAAGGGAAGUGGGAUGAACUGGGAUCUUAUUCUGAUUGGUGUUUGUGCCCUCCUGUGCUCAAUAUUCGGCCUUCCUUGGAUGUGUGCUGCAGCGGUUCAAUCCCUGGCUCAUUGCUCUUCCCUUACAGUAACCAAAAAGAAAGCACCUGGGGCCAGAUUAGGUAAAGUUGUUUUACAAUUUUAAAUAGAUUUCAGAGGUCGAAAGAGUGAUCGAACAAAGAGUGACCACUAUCGGAGUCUCCUUGUUAAUUGGAGCCAUUGCCUUCGCUGGAUCUUACCUUAGACUACCAAUGGCAUCUCUUUUUGGUGUUUUCUUUUAUCUCGGCGUUAUGAAUAUGUGUGGAGUACAACUGAUUCAGAGAGUUGUGUUAUUCUUCAUCCCCGAGAAGUAUCUUCCAGUCACACCAUACACGGAGCAGGUCGGGAUCUGGCGGAUGCAUAUGUUUACAUGGAUCCAAAUCGUGUGUCUUGUCUUUGUAUACAUGGUGAAGCAUUAUAAGAAGACAGCCCUGGCUUUCCCCUUUGUCCUCAUGUUAUUCAUCACCUUAAGAGAGUUAGUUCUACCGAAAAUAUUCUCAGACAAGGAGCUCAAAGCGGUAAGUGAAAGUUGAAUACGAAGGUUAUCAUCCUAAUUUAGUUGGAUGGAGAAGAAGACGAGGACGAAGAAUGGAUGGACAAGGAUUUCUACGAAAACGCUCCUAUUCCGGUCUAA